CACACUUUGCUAGUAAGCUAUCAUGAAUAUGGACACCGAUCGAGAUACCGUAGAGUUUUGGUCCUCACUUUUCCAAUCCUUUGCUGACUCAGAACCUAAAGAUGGUCUAUAUCCGGUGGUAAGAAGCCCGAUAAUGACCAUGUCUACACUGAUGACCAUUGAUGAACCGGCUGAGCCAUGGAAGGUUCUUGAAUAUGGAGGCCAGGAGGUUCGACCGAUGGCAAUUGAUGUGCCGGCUGAGCCAUGGAAGGUUCUUGAAUAUGGAGAACAUGAGGCCCGACCGAUGGCCAUUGAUGUGCCAGCUGAGCCAUGGAAGGUUCUUGAAUAUGGCGGUAACGAGAGUCGAACAGAGAAUGCUCCAGCCGAAGUUGGAUAUCAGAACCUUAUUGAGGAUCAAGAGAAAUAUACACAAAAAGCGAUAGAGAAGGGUAAGGAGAAGGAAGAGGCUGCUAAAGAAGAAAGCAAGAGUCUUGGUAAGAGACCACGUGGUAAUGAAGCUCGCGUUAUCAAUGAGAAGAGGAGACGUAGAGAUAUUAAUAGCAAAAUUGAGACGUUGAAGGAGUUGACACAUUGUGAUGGAAAGAAUUCUUGGAGAAACAUGUAUGGUCCAAUGAUGCCAAUGGGCAUGGUGACGGAUAUUCCGGCACCAUGGGUGUAUCCUUAUAAUUAUGUCCCUCCACAUUACAUGAUGUAUUACAAUCACUUUCCGGCACCAGGAGAAACUAGCGGCUACGCCAACCCAAUUGUACCCUAUCCCACUUAUCAGAAUUUUCAGGGAUUCAACAACAAUAAUCAACCACCGACGACAAAGCCGAUGUAACUAUUAUAAGAAGCUUAUGUAUAUAAUUAAGACAGGUUCAUGUUUUAGUAUUAAAGACCGGUUCUAUCAAGUUCUUUAAUAAUGUGGUUUGUUGUUAAUAUUAAGGAGUUGUUUUUGAAACUAGUACUGUGUGUGGUUCUGAGUAUACUCAUGUAGUCAUGUUGUAACGUUGUAUAUUUUUAUCGUAAACUUGUAAAUGUUGGUUGUUUGAAUAAUGCAACGUUAUCGUU